CUAAGCACGCAUGUGUGUGAGCCUCCACCCACUCCGUCCUGCGCCCACAAUUACAGUUAGCAGCCCGAGAAGGCAAAGAGGGGGUUCUCGGCCUGGGGAGGGCCAAGGAGAGAGACGAAAUCGGCCUCUCUGCUCCCCACCCCUCCCAGCACGUCUUCUAAGAGUCCAUCCUCUUUCCUGCACGCGGUAUUUCUGGGAAAGACAAACAACACUUCGCCCUGAUGAAGAGAACUCACCUGUUCAUCCUGGGGGUCUACCUGCUGUCCUCCUGCAGGGCAGAGGAGGGGCUGAACUUCCCCAUCUAUGACGGCAAGGACCGCGUGGUCAGCCUCACGGAGAAGAACUUCAAGCAGGUCUUGAAGAAAUAUGACUUGCUCUGCCUCUACUACCAUGAGCCCGUGUCUUCAGAUAAAGUCGCACAGAAACAGUUCCAGCUGAAAGAAAUCGUGCUGGAGCUUGUGGCCCAGGUUCUGGAACAUAAAGAUAUAGGCUUUGUGUUGGUGGAUGCCAAGAAAGAAGCCAAACUUGCCAAGAAACUGGGUUUUAAUGAAGAAGGAAGCCUGUAUGUUCUUAAGGGUGAUCGCACCAUUGAGUUUGACGGCGAGUUUGCAGCUGAUGUCUUGGUGGAGUUUCUGUUGGACCUAAUUGAAGACCCAGUGGAGAUCAUCAACAGCAAACUGGAAGUCCAAGCCUUUGAGCGCAUUGAGGACCAGAUCAAACUCAUUGGCUAUUUCAAGAGUGGGGACUCAGAAUAUUACAAGGCUUUUGAAGAGGCAGCUGAACACUUCCAGCCUUACAUCAAAUUUUUUGCUACCUUCGACAAAGGCGUUGCAAAGAAAUUGUCCUUGAAGAUGAAUGAGGUUGACUUCUACGAGCCCUUUAUGGACGAGCCCAUUGCCAUCCCUGACAAGCCUUACACAGAAGAGGAGCUCGUGGAGUUUGUGAAGGAGCACCAAAGACCCACCCUACGUCGCCUGCGUCCAGAAGAUAUGUUUGAAACAUGGGAAGAUGACUUGAACGGGAUCCAUAUUGUGGCCUUUGCAGAGAGGAGUGACCCAGAUGGUUACGAGUUCCUGGAGAUCCUGAAGCAGGUUGCCCGGGACAACACCGACAACCCUGACCUGAGCAUUGUGUGGAUUGACCCGGACGACUUUCCUCUGCUUGUUGCCUAUUGGGAAAAGACCUUCAAGAUUGACCUCUUCAAGCCACAGAUUGGGGUGGUGAAUGUGACAGAUGCGGACAGUGUCUGGAUGGAGAUUCCAGAUGAUGAUGACCUGCCCACCGCUGAGGAGCUGGAAGACUGGAUUGAAGAUGUGCUUUCUGGAAAGAUAAAUACUGAGGACGAUGACAACGAAGACGAGGACGAUGAAGAGGAUGAUGACGACAAUGACGAUGACGAUUCCGACGAAGAAGAUGACGACAGCGAUGACGAUGAUGAAUAGCCCCCAAGCCCGAUGAUUUUCAUGAAGACAGAACCACAGCUACCCACUACCAAGCCGGCAGCACAAGGUAGCAGCAAGCAGCUUCCAGCCCGCAUCCGGCCAGCUCCCUUCCCUUUUCCAACAUCUCUUUCCCCUCUCCCUUCUCAUCAGGAGAUGUGCAACUCAGCAAAUGCCUUUCUAAAUCCAGCAGUCCCACUCAGCAGGGACAGUGGGGAAUUAUUCCCAGGUUGACUGCCUUGAUUGUUAUGAAAAAGCUCUUGUUUUUUGCCAGACCACCAGCGGUCACGGCAGUGCGGGCAUCUGGCAGUCUGGGGAGAGCAAUCCCCUAACACCUCGACUCAAGUUUCCUUGUUGUCUUUGACUCUGACAGUAGCAGAAUUCACAGCUUGCUAACUCGUAAGCGUGGUGUGACCUUAUAAUCGGAGCCCAGGGAAGACGCAACGAUUCAUUUAGCUCUGAUGCCUAGAAUAUCAGUUAGAAUCCCUCCUCAAGCCUAGAGGAUCCCUCUUAGGGAAGGGAUUGAAAACAAAUCAGCUUCUUUUGGUUCUAUUAGACUUACAAUUGAAGGGUAGGUCAGACCAUGAUAAACUCACAUCCAAGCCUUAAGCAGCUAUUGAGCGGUCUUGAAAUACAUGCAUACUGAUUUCACCAUCAUUUCUAGUAAAUGAGGGUACUGGGAUGGGAGGUUGAUUUGCUCUCUGAACUUGCCUCUGGGUGACUGUCUCACAUUUACAUGCAAGGGUCGGGGGAGCUGGAGGGAUUAAGGGUUUUUAAUUAUUUCUGACGGCGUUAGGUCUCUGACUGGGUCACCCGGUGUCCUCCUCUGAGCUGCGAUCUGGAUACCCCUUCUCUGUCGCUGCUAGUGAGUCUUCCCAUUCAGAGUAAAGGUUGGUUUGUCCAGAGGGCAAUGAACUCUCCAUCUAUCAACGCUCCCACAGUGGAGCAGGGCUACAAUAAUUAGAGUUCAUGAUGAUGCCCCGAGGCACUAAAAAAAGCCCCAAGUGCCUUCUGAACUCUCUAGAAGUUAUAUUGUGCUUGGUAGUUUUAGCGUUAAGUGUGCAUUAUAAUGUUCUAAUUUAUUUUCUCAAUCUUUUAAUACAUGUGUAAGACACUGCAAAUUCUUUGAAAACAGGGCAGUCCUUUUUUGGAAUAGUAGCUAACUCUGCCAUUAAAGUUAUAUUUUGAAAAUACUGA